AUCGACAAUUUUUUUGACAAUUGUCUCGUGACAAUAACAAGUUUGACAUGUAGCAUGCACUGAUUUUGUGAUUGCAUAGGUUUUGCAAUGAAACGUUUUUGUUAAUUAUUACGAAAAAGAAAAUGUUUGAGCAUUCUGUUAAAGUACCUAGACAUUACAAAGUUGCAGCGAAUAUUUUUAAGAAAGUUUCCACGGAAGGAGGCAGUGUUAAAUCUUUACUAUACGACAACAAAUUAAAACAUUUCAGGACAAAUGUGCUUUAUGCGCUCAUAACAGAGACUAUCAAACAUGCAGCCGAUAUUGACAAAAUAUUUGAAAACUGUAGCAUACUUGAGAAAGAGACUCGUUUAGACCCAUGGUUGGCGAAGGUCCUCACUGCCGAAUUGCUAUUUGGCAAAAAGUCUCUUCCCGGCAAAAGCAAGCCAGAACAAACAAUACUGUCAUACAAAGAUCAAUUUCAGACUUAUACUUCUGAUCAUCAAGAUGAUAUGAAGACUGAAGCAACUCGUCGUCCACGUUACGUACGAAUCAACACCAAUCUGCUGACGACGUCAGACGCCAUUCGCGCCUUCCAAGACGAGGGGUAUCGCUUCAUACGAUGCACUUCAGGAUCUUACGACGACUACUUGCAGCAGAUUCAGGGGUUGACAGAGUACGAUUUCACGCAGGAUUACCACGUGAAAACCAUGUUUGUGUUCCCGCCGGGCACAAAACUGCAUGAACAUGAGUUGUAUUUGGAGAAUAAGAUCAUUUUGCAGGAUAAGGCUACAGCGUUAGCAGUUCAUCUCCUGGCUCCGCAGACAGGUAGCGUAGUAUUCGACAUGUGCGCAGCGCCCGGCAUGAAGACUACGCAACUGGCUGCCUACAUGAGGAACGAGGGUAAAAUCUACGCUUCUGAAAGGAACGAAAAGCGUUAUCAAACGUUAUGCGACUUCGUUGAGAGGACUGGCUCUAAAUGUGUGGAAACCAUGCACAAGGACUCAUUGGAGAUCAAGAGGGGUGACCUGGACGAUGUGGAGUACAUUCUGUUGGAUCCCAGCUGCUCUGGAUCAGGAAUGGAACUCUGUGUCCACAACUACAUAGAAGCCACGAGAUUAGCAAAACUGACUUCUUUACAAGAGAAAUUCCUAAAGCACGCUAUGAACGCAUUCCCAAAAGCGAAAAGAAUCGUAUAUAGUACUUGCUCUCUUUUUCCUGAAGAGAAUGAAAGGGUCAUCACUAAUGUUGUGAAGACUUCACGUGCUAAGUGGAGGGUGCAAGAUGUAAAUGAACUAUUGAAAGGGAAAUGGAAUAAUUUUGGUUCAGCUAUGUACGGGAGUAUGGGAACCAGGUGUCUCUAUGCAAAGCCUGAGACUGAUUUGACUACUGGCUUCUUUUUGGCAGUCUUGGAUAGAGAUGAGAAAGAUUUGGAAAAAUCAAUGAGACAUGCCAAUAAUGUCAAUCACGUUGAUGAUGUACAAGAUGGCACAAUUGAAGAAAAUAAUACAAAAAAGAAUAAAAAGAAAAGAAAAUACGAAGAAAUUACCGAAACUGCUGAUGAUUUAGAGAAGAUUGAUGAAGAAUGUAAAGAAAACAAUAAUAAUGCGGGUAAAGAAGAUAGAGACAGUAACUAUUCUUACCUCGAAAACUCCCAAGAAAAGGAAAACAUUAAAAAGAAAAAGAAGAAAAAUAAACAUAAACAUCAAGAAAUUUCUGAUAAUAAUUCAGAUAAAGUUGUGAAAAAUAAAAAGAACAAAAUCGAAAAAUUAAACGAUGAUAAAGUUGUCGAAGAUGGUGGUGGUAAUGAAAAUCGUGAUUAUAAUGUUUCUAACGUCGAAAAUUCUCUUGAAAGUGAAAUUAUUAAAAAGAAGAAGAAGAAACGCAAACAACAAGAAAGUGUUGAUUAUUUUGAAGAAAAUGAUGUCAGAAAUAAAAAGAAGAAAAACGAAGGUAUAAAUGAAACAAUAGGCAAUUUAAAUAUUAUAAAUGGUGAAAAGGAACGUAAAAGAAAAAAGGAUUUCGAUAAUGUAUAAAAAUAAUUACAGAAGUCUCAGAUCCCGUUAAGAAGAAAAAGCACAACAAAGAAAGUUUGGUUUCCAACGAUGAUAGUUCAACAUUUGUUGAGACAAUUGCACCAAAAAAGAAAAAAAAGAAACAUAAUAAAGAAUUUCAAUGUGAAUCUUAAGUAAUCAUGAUAUUUUUUUAU